CCCAAGAGUCAUCACACACAUAGGCGUCAUGAGCAAAUGGAUCUUUGUUUUGCCUCAUCUGCAUGCCAGUAUCUGGACAAUGCCCGCCCCUUCUCUGUCCCGGUAUGACAGAAAAAGAGAUAUUAGAGCCACCUGCAUCACCCACGUCUGAAGGGGGUAAACCCUCGGAAGGGCUGCAGCGGCUAAAGCAGCUUUUCAAACGCAAGCCCAAGGAAGAGCCUGUCCCGGAAGAACCCCAGGCCAACGGGGAGCUGGUCAGCCCAUCGGGUGGGCCAAUCUACUACAUCUAUGAGGACGAGGAGGACGAGGAGGACGAGGAGCCUGAGCCACCUCCAGAGCCGGAAAAGCCAGUCAACGACAAACCUCACAAGUUCAAGGAUCAUUACUUCAAAAAGCCCAAGUUUUGCGACGUCUGCGCCCGCAUGAUUGUCCUCAACAACAAAUACGGGCUGCGAUGCAAGGACUGCAAAACUCACAUCCAUCAUCACUGUCAAAGCUAUGUGGAAUUUCAACGCUGCUUUGGCAAGAUUCCCCCAGGUUUCCGCCGUGCUUACAGUUCUCCAUUGUACAGUGCCCAACAACUCGCUGGUGCCAAUCGGAGUGAUCCCGUGUUUGAGACGUUACGGACCGGUGUUAUCAUGGCAAACAAAGAGCGCAAAAAAGGGCAAGAUGACAAAAAGAAUCCAUUGGCUGCUAUGAUGGAGGAGGAAUCAGAGGUCCCUAAGCAAGAGACUGGCAAACCUGAGGCAGGAAAUCCAGAAGGACAGAAAGCGGAGAAGAACGCUCCUGAUGACAAGAGCAAGAAGCAGCAGGCGGGGUUCCCACAGUCUCACUACUUCAUUGCCCUUUAUCGCUUCAAAGCCUUGGAGAAGGAUGACCUGGAUUUCCACCCUGGGGACAAAAUUGCCAUUGUUGAUGACUCCAACGAAGAAUGGUGGCGGGGCAAGAAAGUUGGGGAGAUUGGGGAGAAAAUUGGAUACUUUCCACCAAAUUUCAUUAUUCGGGUGCGUGCAGGAGAACGAGUACACAAGGUGACGCGGUCCUUCGUGGGCAACAAAGAGAUUGGCCAGAUCACAUUAAAAAAGGAUCAGAUUGUGGUCCAGAAAGGUGAGGAGCUGAAUGGGUAUGUGAAGGUCUACACUGGCCGCAAGGUGGGGCUGUUUCCUGUCGACUUCAUGCAAGAGAUCUGAGGCCCAGUCCUGGCACUUGUGAUGGUUUCCUAGCCAGGGCUGAAGGAGGCUGGUUGUUUCGAGACAGAUUCCUGGCUAUCAAGGACUCUCUGCAGCGGAGCUGGGUUCUGUGAGUGUCUGUGGCCCAGAGCGACGCUAUCCCAUCAAAGCCUUUGACCUCUGGUCUAGGACUGAAGACAUAUUUCUGAAGGAGUGCAUAUUUCUGCCACUUCUGGGGCCUUGAUGCUCCUCUUCAACUCCAUGGCUUGGUGGCAGACUCCAGAACGGGUGUAGCCAUCAUCCCUUGACAAUGUAGCCAUGGAAGUGCUGGGAUACAGCGAGACUGUUCUGCUUCCUGUCUGCAAAGGAAGCGAUAGAGAUUGUUCACACGGACUGCCAGAUCCGACAAAUGGCUUUUGCUGCAGCAUCCUGCAGGGGGUGUCGAGCUUGUGUGCAUGUGUGUUGACUCAGAGACAAAAUGGCUGCCCCUUUCCUGGCAGGGGUCAGGCCCGGCUCCCUGGGUUGCUUAGAUUGCUUACAUUUUCUUACGUUUUGUGAUGUAUGUUAUCUCUUUCUCUCUACCCUCAACAGCUUGCC